AUGCAGAAGUCAGUUGUCAAAGUUGAACAUCACUCUGGCUCAGAUGCUCCUAGUAUCAGCUUCCAAAUGCUUAUUCCCUCCAUUUUCGGCAACAAAAGGCUCUCUCUCAUGUUGAUCGCUUACCACGGCGCUGGACGAAGUGAGCCCCGGCCAUGCUCCGGUACACCACAUUCGGGCACGACUUGUGAUGCCAUCAACAUCUAUUCGUAG